CUUUAAAAGAUAUAGUUGACAUUGGAAAGUCAUGUAUAAAAUUUUGAUAAUUACAUUUUUAAUAAUUUUCGUUAAAGAAGGUGUUUAUUCUACAGAAACAUGCACCUAUAGUUUUAUCUUUCCCAAAAGAAAUCUUAUCAAGAAGUGCUCAGAUAAUUUUAUUCAGAAAUAUGAAAAUUUGACAAAAACCAUAAAAGAUUUAGAGAAGGAGGUCACUGAUUUAAUAAAAACAGUACCAAAUCUAAAUAAACCUCAACUUUCCUUCGACUGUAACAGUACUUGCGCAAAGAACGGAAAAUUUCAUAUUCUAUAUGCUAAUUGUCAAGAUGUUAGUAAGACUAAGAAUACCAAAAGCGGUAUUUAUGAAAUAGCUCCAAUAAAAUCCGCUGGCUUUUUAGUAAAAACGAAAAUAAAAGAUAAUAAACAUGUUAAAACGGAGUUAAAAAGUCUAUAUCAAGUUGAAAUAAUGGAUAAGAUAUUGGUAUAUUGUGAUUUAUCUGAUAAAUUAGCAUCUUGGACUGUCUUCAUGAGAAGAACCAAAAAUACAAAUAGUUAUUUUUGGAGUAAAACGUAUACAAAUUAUGUGGAUGGUUUCGGAAAUUUGGAAAAAGAUUUUUGGUUAGGUUUAGAAAAAAUGAGUCAACUCACUAUGUCCAAUUCCCUUUAUAAAGCAACUCUUUUCACAACUGUAACCGACACAAAUGGUGAAGUGAAAACCUACGUAGUGGACAACUUUUCAAUCGGUAACUCUAAAACCCAGUAUGAGAUAGGUGGUGUGGGUGACGGUCCCAUUAAAGCUGGAUAUAAAUUUGUUGACUACACACUCUCAUAUGGAUAUUGUUACAAUGGAUACUUCUGGCAUGGAGAAUUUGACCGCAAAUGCGAUACGUUAAUCGGAGAUGAAAUUAAAAUUUCCUACAACAGCUAUACAUCGGCAACUAUGAAAAUAAAAUAUACGUUAAAAAACUAAGAUACUAAACAAAACUUAGAUAAUUUAAUUUUGAAUUUGAAUUGAGUUAUGCAUCUGAAAUGUUACUUAAGUAUUAAUCUUAGUAAAGUGACAUAUGGUAUUUACUGAAAUAUGAUACAGUACAUGCUUUUACUAUAUUAUUUUCAAUAUAUUUCAUUAUAUUUUGCUCACUUAAUUAGCAUGUAUAUCGCCAUGUGUACUGGAAAAGUAUAAAAUCAUUGCAAGGCCAUUGUAACUUUCAAGUUAAUUAUUGAGAGAUUUCACCAGAUCCACGGUCUUAAUUAACACUUGGUAAUAUACUCUAAGUUGUGUUCUAAAAAUGUUCCAGUAAAUUAAUCCAUACAUUUCUAUAAUUAUAAUUUCCCGCUUUAUAGUUUAUCUUUUAUUCAUCAG